AUGUCGUCGGUCAAGCGAAAAGCAGUGACGGAGGAGCGUCCUAAUAAGAAGUCCAGGAACUCUGACGCUGCAGAGACGAAGAGACCAGAAAAGAAAUCUGAGACGCCUCCGAAUCCGACGAAAUCGAAGAAAUCGGGCGGUGAAGAUGGGGAGCGCAAAGCUCCAGUGAAGUCCAUCUUGCAGCGGGAAGAAAAGGCGUUUCCUCGUGGUGGCGGAAGUGUUCUUACACCAAUCGAGCAGAAGCAAAUUCGAGUGCAGGCCGAGCAGGAUGUGUUUUUCGAGCAGCAGACUGGCCAGAAAGCUCCAGCUCGAGAGGACGAAGAUGGCGCGCUGUUCGACGAGGAGACAGAGGCUGCACCAGCGGCCAAAAAGCACAAGUCGAAGAAGAAUGCACGGGAUGCGCCGGCGAAGGUGCCAGGUUCUGGAAUCAGGAUCCAAGGCUUGAGCUACAAGAAUCUGGUCGUGGGAAGUCAGGUGCUGGGAUAUGUGACUGCGAUCACUGGCAAGGAUGUCGCGCUGGCUCUGGCUAAUAACCUUACGGGUUAUGUGCCGAUUACUGCUAUCUCGCAACUACUCAACGAGCGCAUUGAGAAGCUACUGGCGGAGGAUGAGAUGAAGGAUGAUGGUGAAGAUGAGGAUAUCGACCUCAAGUCUCUCUUCCAUGUUGGACAGUGGCUCCGAGCGACAGUCAUGUCUACUGGUUCGGAUGCUGGAGAAGGCAAGAGCAAGCGACACAUCGAGCUCUCUGUCGAGCCGCAAAGUGUCAAUGGAGGGUUGGAAGCAGACAAUGUGGUGGUGGACAGCAUGCUGCAGGCCUCAGUCCGAAGUGUCGAGGAUCACGGUCUGGUCAUGGAUCUCGGGCUCUCUAGUGCGGAUGUCAAAGGUUUCGUGAGCAAGAAGGAGCUGGGCAUCGGCUAUGAGCUGGAGAAGAUGCAAGAGGGACAGGUUUUGAUGUGCUUGGUGACUGGCAAAGGUAGCAACGGCAAGGUUUUGAAGCUCUCACCGGAUGCUCUGCGCUUCUCUGCUUUGGUUGUGAACAAGGCACCUGUGGUCAGCGAAGCUCCAACGGUCGAAGCUUUCUUGCCUGGUACCGCAGUACAAAUCUUGGUAACGGAGACAAGUGCAGGAGGUGUAGCUGGGAAGGUCAUGGGCAUGGUCGAGACGACGGCAGAUCUGGUCCACUCCGGUGCUGGCGCCAAGGACGUGGACAUGAGCAAGAAGUUCAAAGUCGGCUCAAAGGUCAAGGGUCGCAUCGUCUGGACACUACCGAACGAUGAUGGCAGCCGACGCGUUGGUGUCUCGAUGCUAGACACUAUGCUCGCGCUCCCGCCACCCGUAUCAAAGCUUCCGGAGAAUGCAAGUCCGAAACAGAAGCUGCAUUCAGCGGAAGUGUCGCCGCGUAUGGCGCCGUCAUCUAUCGUUGCUGAUGCUACGGUGACUCAGGUACUACCAGAGCGUGGCAUCUUCCUCUCUUUGCCAUCAGCAUCUGGGACCACUUUAUCAGCAUUCGCACACAUCUCGCAAAUCUCAGACAAACGCAUCGAUGUCCUGACAUCUGCAUCUGGGCCUUACAAGCUGGGCUCGACACACAAGGCUCGCGUCAUUUCACACAACCCUGUCGACAAUCUGUACCACGUAGCUCUGAAGGAGAGCGUCCUCGCGCAGACUUUCUUGCGCAUCGAAGAUCUGAAUGUCGGAGAAGUGGUUAGUGGUACAGUGGAUCGUCUGAUCUUAGGCGGCAAGACUGGUAUUACUGGUGUUCUCGUCAAGCUUAGCGAAGGUGUGACGGGUCUUGUGCCGGACAUGCAUCUCAGUGAUGUGCAGCUUCAGCACCCUGAACGCAAGUUCAGAGAAGGCUUCCCGGUCAAAGGCCGCGUCUUGUCCGUGGAUCUGGAGAAGAGACAUGUCAGGCUCACGCUAAAGAAAUCGUUGAUCAAUGAUGAGAGCGGCGUGCCUCUCUGGAAAAAGUACUCUGAGCUAACACCUGGUAUGGAAGGCAAGGGCACAAUCGUGAACCUGUUGGCAAACGGCGGAGUGGUGCAGUUUUUCGAUAACGUGCGAGCAUGGUUGCCCGUUGCUGAGAUGGGAGAAGGGUUCAUUCAGGACCCGAAGCAGCAAUUCCGACUUGGUCAGACUGUCAAUGUGAGGAUCGUAUCUGUUACUCCUGAGACGCAGGAGAUGAAGGUCUCGUGCAAGCAGGACGACACCUUCGAUGAUGCGCAGCAAAGUACUUGGGAUGCGUUAUCUGGUGGUGAUCUCGUGAGUGGGUCGGUCACCGUGAACGGUGGUGAGAGUGUGGAGCUCGACCUUGAAAACGGUCUACGUGGCAUCCUCAAGCUCGGUCAUCUUGCUGACGGCGAGGCAUCCAAGGCCGAAAGUGCAUUGAAGCGUAUUCGUGUCGGCCAGAAGCUUACAGAUCUUCUCGUCCUGAACAAGCUACAGCGAAGUCGUCAGGUUUUGCUUUCAAAUAAGCCAAGCCUACUUAAGGCCGCGAGAGACCAGCUUCUGCUUCGCUCUUUCGAUGAUGUGAAGGAAGAAACAUUGGUACACGGCUUCGCUCGCAACAUCACACCCGAGGGUAUCUAUGUGGAAUAUGCCGAUGGCUUGGUUGGUCUUGUGCCCAAGAGCCUGGUUGACUCGGAUCUGGUUGGCAAGCCUGCUUUCGGUCUUGUGGAGAACCAGACCGUAAAGGCCACUGUUCUGAGCGUCGAUGCCGUGCGGGAGCGCUUCACACUUACCAUGCGAGAACAGAGUGGCGAGCCUGCCCAGAAGCCGACGGCCGCAACCCCUGGAUCGCAUAGCGUCACGAUGGGACAAGUCGUCAAGGUGAAGAUUGCAUCCGUCAGGUCUACACAGAUCAAUGUUCGCCACCAAGAUGGCGCGCAAGGAAGAGUGGACUUCAGCGAGAUUUUUGACUCGUGGGAGGACAUCUUGAAUAAGAAAGCUCCUUUGCAGAAGUUCAAGCCUAACGAGGAGAUCGAGGUCAAGGUUCUUGGUGUCCAUGACGCAAAGAAUCAUCGCUUCUUACCCAUCAGCCAUCGUCAAAGCAAGGCUCCUGUAUAUGAGCUUUCUGCCAAGCGGACAAGAGUGCAAGGCGGCAAUGAGGACUUCCUGAGUCUGGACAGUGUCAAGGCCGGAUCUUCGCAAGUCGUAUUCGUAAACAAUCAUGGCGACAACUGCAUCUGGGCCAGCUUGUCGCCGAAUGUUCGUGGACGCAUCGCGCUCAUGGAUCUCAGUGACGACGUUGGUAUGUUGCAGAAGCUGGAGAAGAACUUCCCUGUUGGCAGUGCGCUGCGUGUACAGGUCAAGAGUGUGGACCUCGCUACCGGCAGACUCGACUUCAUCACCGCUUCUGGCCAAGAAUCGACUCCUGUGACACUUGCUGAGCUCUCUCCUGGAAUGGUCCUGCCAGGUCGGGUCACGAAGAUCACAGAGCGAGGGGUCAAUGUUCAGCUAUCAGACAAUCUAGCCGGCCCAGUACCGCUCACUGAGCUUAGCGACGACUUUGAUCAAGCGAAUCCGUCGCAGUACAAUCGUAACGACAUCGUGCGAGUCUGCGUACUGGGCGUCGACGCCUCGAACAAGAAAGUCUUCCUCAGUCUCCGGCCAUCCAAAGUCCUCAGCUCAAGCUUGCCGGUCAAGGAUGCGCAGAUAAAUACUGUAUCUCAGCUUGAAGCAGGCCAGCUAGUCAGAGGCUUCGUCAAGCACGUUGGUGAUCGCGGCGUCAUUGUCUCACUGAGCGCGCGCGUGGACGCCUUCGUACGCAUCUCGGAUCUCAGCGAUAGCUACGUCAAGGACUGGAAGACUAUCGUUGAGGUUGACCAACUCGUCACAGGCCGUAUCCUGAAUGUUGAUACUGCAGCUAGAAACGUACAGAUCAGCUUGAAAGCUUCGCAUGUGGAUAAGGACUACAAAUCUCCUCUAACUAUCGCCGAGCUCAAAGCUGGUAUGAUUAUUACUGGUAAAGUGAGGAAGGUGGAGGACUUUGGUGCUUUCAUUGACAUUGACAACACUAUGCCUAAGCUUUCUGGCUUGUGUCAUAGGAGUGAAGUCGCUAGUAAGAGAGUCGAGGAUGUCAGAAAGUUGUAUGGCGAAGGCGAUGUGGUCAAGGCUAAGAUACUCAACGUAGACGUUGAUAAGAGGAAGAUCAGCUUGGGAUUGAAGGCGAGCUACUUUGCUGAGGCUAUUGGUGAGGAAGAUGAAGAGGAGGAGGACGAUGAGAUGGAAGGUGUAGAGCUUGAUGGUGAGAGCGAUGAUGCCGUCGAGGUCGACACUGAAGGUGGUGUUGAGCUUGAGGAUGUUCAGGACAUGGACAGCGAUGACGAGGAAGCUGCCGAGGCCGUGGUGUUGGACGAAGACGAUGAUCUAGUAGGACCAACGGAAGGUUUGAAGACAGCCGGCUUCGACUGGACUGGUGAUGCCUUCGAUAACAACAAGACCGCUACUCUUCCGGACUCUGAACCUGAUACCGCUGCCCCGAAAAAGAAGAAACGUAAGGCUGAGAUCAAGGUCGACAUGACAGGCGACCUUGACAAGUACGGGCCUCGCAACGCUAGCGACUUCGAACGCCAGCUCCUUGGUCAGCCCAACAAUUCAGGGCUCUGGAUCCAAUAUAUGGCCUUCCAACUACAACUCAGCGAGACACAAGCCGCACGCGACUUGGCCGAGCGCGCUUUGCGUACAAUCCACAUCCGCGAGUCGGAGGAGAAAGGCAAUAUCUGGAUCGCAUGGCUGAAUCUCGAAGUCGAGUACGGUGAUGACGAGAGAGUGGAUGACGUCUUCAAACAAGCUUGCCAAGUCCAGGAUCCGCUUGUGAUGCAUGAGAAGCUUGCUUCCAUCCUCAUCAAUUCGGGCAAGUAUGGCAAAGCGGAAGAUGUCUUUGAGAAAAUGGUAGGCAAUAAGAGCUUCAGGGCAAAUGGGGAUAUGUGGCUGAAUUACGCUUCGUUCCUGAUGGAGAAGAUGAAGAAUGCCACCCGAGCAAGAUCGAUGCUCUCGAGAGCUCUGCAGUCAGUACCAGCAAACGAGCACAGACUUCUUACUGCCAAGUUCGCUGGGCUGGAAUUCAGGUCCUCAGAAGGCGAUCCCGAGCGCGCCAGAACGAUCUUCGAGGGGCUUGUGACGGAGUGGCCUAAGUGGAGUGGUGGCUGGGAUAUGUGGGUUGAUCUUGAGCAGUCUCGUGUAGCGCAUGCGGAGGGGGUAGAGGCGAAGAACGAAGCGAGGGAGAAGGUCCAAGCGUUAUUCGAGCGUAUGACGAGGCAGAAGAUGAAGCCUAGACGUGCCAAGUUCGUGUUUAAGCGGUGGUUGGUUUAUGAGGAGAAUCAUGGUGAUGCGAAGGGUAGGGAGAGAGUGGAAGGUUUGGCUAGGAGUUUCGUGGAAGGUUUGAGAAAAGGGGAUGUGGAGGAGUAG